AUGUACUGCUUAGCCGGCAGUGGAAUAAGGAGGAGAGUCCAGAACUCUCCUGGAGACCAAAAGCUGCCCUGAAGGUUUUUCCCUCCACAUAUAUCCAGUCGGGUAAGGUGCCAACAUCCGAUAGCUGUCACAUAUAUAUCUCCUUUGUAUUGCCUUCGGCCUCUGUGCUGUGUUUCUUUUUUUUUCAUGACCUCCCUGCCUACUCUGCUGUGUUGGGUACCUUGAUCUCGCUUUGCUGUUGCCUUUGUUUUUGUACGUCUGGCUGUCUGCCCAUCUGCCGCCUCUUUGUCCUGUUUGCUCCGUUACUCCCAUGCCCUGGUGCGUAGUGCCUGUCCCUGGUGCUGGUACGUUAGCCUUUGAUUUUUUCUUUAGGCGGAUGUGGGAAGCGUCCUCCUUUCUUUUUGUUUUUGUUUUAUUUUGAUCGGUUUCCGAGGGCUCUUUUCUCGAACGGUCGGUGCGAUACCUGUUCUUUUCUUUCUAUCAUUUUGUUUAAUUU